UGUUGUUGUAUGCAUCACUUUUUUGGUUUUCGAAGAAAAUGGUCGUGGUGUUUGUGUUGGAGAUAAUUUGAAAAUGUAAAAACGUUUGCCUUUCUGUCUACUUGUGUUGUGGACCCUACUUUUUUCAAAGUUAAGCCUUUUUAUGGUUUUCGCACAGUGGCUCAAAACUAUAGCUCAAAAAGUUACAAUUUUCCAAACUUCAGUUUUCUAUCGGCCUCCCAGUCUACUUGUGUUGUGGACCCUCUGUCUUUCUGCUUUUUUUCAAAAAUGUUUAAAUAAAUCUGCGAGUGCAUCGGAAUUGUCUGUUGGCAUGCAUCGGAAUUGUCUGUUGGAAAAGUAAUAAUAAUGACGUGUUGCAUUGUUGGAAACAAAUCUCCUGACGGUCUUGAGUCCGAUUAGGUUCGACAAGCUGAUUAUGCUAUCAAGAAUAAGAUAAACUUACCAAGUGAGCAAUGUUCUUCAGCAUCCAACUCUAACUUAUCUAAACGUACACGAAGGGCCGCGAUCUCAGUCCCUCAAGUUCAAUUGCAGAUCAUACAACUGAUGUUCAACUACAUCAGAAGGAUUUCAACAUCAGGCAAUUAUUAAUUUAAUGAAUAAACGCGGUUGAGAAUUUUAAU